UCCGUGAUUUUUACUUUUUUCCACUUUUUUGGUUUUUACUGAUAGUUUUUUCACUUUGACCAUAUCUUAAAACUGUGUAAAAAUAAUGGCAGAAGCAAGUCGUUUAGUGCAAGAUUUAGAUUUGUUACCGAUGUUUCCUUCUGUACCACCAUCUACUUCCUACGGAUCAAAUUAUUUUCAAAAUAUGAAGAUAAUUUUAUCAGGAAGCCAAAGCGAUGAAAAAUUAAACGUCGACAAACCAAUUACGGAAAAUCGAUGCUCUAAAAGAACAGAAAAAAGCCACCGCAGCAUAUUUAAUGAUCGUCGUAAGGAAUUGAGUAAAAAUACUGGUUUAACAGAAACUCAGAUAAGGACUUGGUUCCAGAACAGAAGAAUGAAACAAAAAAGAAAAAACGACGAAACAAGGCAGAUGUCGCAGUUUUUAUUUCCAACUGGGUUUAAAUUUGCUCUUUACGAGAUCUACCACAACUUUUUCCCCUUUUCCUCAAUUUCGACGCCUCCAGAAAUCUAA